AUGCUUAUGGAAUAUUUCAGUGAGGAAGAGUUAUAAGAAAUGUUUGAGGAUGUGAGAUUCUUCUUCCCAGAUGAUGAAGUUUACGAUAAAAUUGAGAUUUUCAGGGUGCUUGAUAUAUUCAAUGGUGAUCAUCGAAAUAUCAAGAAGUCUUAUAAAAUAUAUAAACUGAAAUAGAAAUUAUCUUUUAAAUUCUAAUAAAUAGCAAAUAAUAAGGAUCUUAGUUCACUUAAUUAACAAAGCAUAUUAACAAACAAUAAAUAAGGAUUAUAAUCAAUAGAAAUGAACAAGAGUGAAUUAGUUGACUUUCGAAUUAUGGAGAACAUGGAUUCUUAAAGAAACUAAAGAGAACCUUAAUUGAAAAUUUCCUUGAUAGACUUAGACAGAGAAGUAGGGCUUGAAGAAGAUGAACACUGCAGUAAUUUAGAUACAAAUAGACACAUUGAAAAAUAAUAGGUUCAUUUUAACAGAGAAUCAACUAAUAGAGGAAGAUAUCCUGGCCAUGUUGGAGAUGAUCUGCUGACAAAUGAGGAAGAUGAGGAUCAAUCAGCUUUAAAAAGAAUGAGGAAACUGACUAUUGACGAGUAUAAGCAAUUUCAACAAUAUAGGGAGCGAGUGGAUACAAGAUUAUAAUCAUAGAGGGAGAGCAGCCAAAUACACCCUUCAAUAGUAAAUAUAAUUACUAAUGACAACUCCUUUGCCAAUAAAAAUAAUAAAAUGCGAAAUUAACUUAACUCUAUUGAGUAGUAAUUCAGGAAGCAGAAUAGUUUAACUGAAGUCUCAGCACGUCAUUCAUAAGACUAGUAAAACAUUUCUAAAGCCAAGAAGGAUGAUUUAUAAAAUAUUUAUGAAAAGCAAAUUCGAUAUUAAAUGAAGUUGAAGCAAGUAGAGCUAAAUAAAAUAAGGAAUGUAUACUAAUAAGUAGCAUAAAAUUAUGUAAGUAAUGCGCAUAUAAAAUAGAAAUAGCAAUCCUUAGCAAUGCAGAGACUGAGCGAAGCAGAAAAUAAUAGCAAGAUAGUUGCCAAGUAUCUUCCUGAAGUAUAAAGAAAUAUGCAGGAAUAGAAUCAUAAAAUCUUAAAAGAUAAGAGACUAUAGUUAGAGCUUCACUCUUACAAUUUUAUAGAUUAUUAAGAAGCGAAUAAUCAUUAAAAAGGAAUAUUUAGUUAUAGAUCAUCACGCGAAUAAAGCAGCAGUCACAGUACCAAAAAUAUUUAAUUACAACCAGAUUAUUCGCAUAGAUUGGAAAAGUACGCAAAAAUAGCAAACAGAAUGAACAAUCCAAAGUGUCAAAAGGAAUAAAAGUUAUGA